AUGUAUGGCACAUCAUGUUAUCAUCCCCAUCAGUCUUCCGAUUAUAUGUCUCUAAACCUAGAACUGAAUCGUUUAAAGCUUACUGUAACCGACAUCAAGACCCAGAAUGCUGAACUAGUAAACACGCUUUCUAAUGUUACUACGACUAUGAAACAAAUGAUUAGUAAAUAUGAUAUGGUAAUAAAAAGAAAAGAUCAUGAAAUUGAUACAUUAAAAGAAAAAUUAAAUAACCAUUACGAAAGAUAUGAGAGCCCUGAAAUAAAUGACUAUGAAGAAACGAUAGAACUAGAACACAAUCAAGAACUAAUACAACCAGAGGAUACAUCUGAUGUUGAAAAUAAUAUAGAAAGAUACUAUAGUAGUUGUAGUUCUCUCUCAGUUCCAGAUACCGUUGUUUCGAGUGAAAAAUCACAAUCGUCUGAUAAUAAUAACACGAUAUUAAAAACUAAUAACGAGAAAACUCAAGUCGAUAGAAAACAUAUCAAUAGCUCUAACAUUGACGAAUGGACUGUUGUGACCAAGAAACAGAAAGGUCGUGUUCACUCAAAGACACUUCAACGAAAGGAAAUCACUUAUCCUCCUGGACUGGAAGUGGCGAAUGGAUGGACUCACCUUCAUUUAUAUAACGUCCUAUUGGGAACGACUGCCAAAAGAGUUCUUACAUAUGUUAAGUCGUUAUGUGGAUAUCCUGAUUGUACAGUUGUAGCUUUAAAGACUCGUGCGGAAUAUGCUUCUUUUAAAAUUGGAGUACCAGUGGAGCUUGCGGAAAAAAUAUUAAAGGCAGAAAACUGGACUGGAAAUAUACGCAUAAAGCCAUGGAAAUUUAACGCUCCUCCUAGGAAAAUUCUGAAGAAUACUAGUUCCGAUAACAUUAAGACUGAUGAAAAAGAUAAGGUGCUAAUAUCAACACAAAACCUUACGCUGAAGACAACUACAAGGAACCCUAGUUCUGACAAUUUUAAGACUGAUGAGAAAAAUAAGACCCAAACAGCAACACAAACCCUUCCUCCAAAAAAGGUUGUAAAGAGCACUCGUUCUGUUGACCCCAAGACUGAUGAAAAAGAGAAGACAGCGACACUAAACCAAAAAGAUUUGAAAUCUAAAACAUCUACACCAAAGAAAAAAUCGCUUUAA